AGCCGCCGUGCAGGAGAACAGUGCAUCUGCCCAGAACUCUUGUAUCGCAGGCAUGAUCCAGACGUCGCACACAACCUUCAAUAUCACUAAACAAUGCGGCGUUGACGUUGGACAUCCUGUGUAGUAAGCGUACACAGCUUCAGCCAUGUCCGAGAGCACUGGGACUGUCGACUUCACCGUCGGGUCUGAGACCUUUCAAACCUGGUACAAGGUCGUCGGCGACAUCGAUUGUGGCGUUCGGCCUCUCGUCAUACUUCAUGGUGGACCCGGGUUCCCGCACAUAUACGUGCGUUGCCACACUCGCCUCUGGGAGUCACGAGGCAUCCCUGUCGUGCUGUACGACCAACUUGGCUGUGGCGGGUCGACGCGUCUCCGCGACAAGCCCAAGGAAUUCUGGACGUUCGAGCUCCUCAUCGCCGAGCUCGAGAACCUUGUGACAAAGCUUGGAAUACAAGACAACUUUGACGUGCUCGGUCAUUCGUGGGGAGGAGCGUUGGCGGCGUCCUAUCGCUUGGUGUUGGCAAAUACCUAUGCAUCUAUGCAUCUAUGGGAGACGGGAUGCCGCGAGUUGAUCGAGAUGCUACCCGGGGAUGACAUGCAAAUCACCAUAGCGGAGCUGGAGAAGGACAAUACAGUCUAUCUGGCGAUCGAGUUCGGCAGACACGGCCCCUCCGAGUUCUACUGCACAGGCAACCAGAAGAACUUCGAUAUCGUGGAUCGCCUACAUGACAUCCAGCAAUCCACGCUUGUCAUCAACGGUGCCAACGACCAAGCAACUGACAUGUGCGUCGCGCCACUGUUUUGGAGGAUUCCCAAUGCGAAGUGGGUGCAGUUUUCCCAAGCGACACACCAACCAUUCUUCGAGGAGCCGGAGAGAUAUUUUGAGCUUGUGGGAGAGUUCUUGACCAUGCAACCAUUGUAG